AUGGAAGAUGAAGUGGUCCUCGCUGGACCAUUCAGUGCUGUCAGACUAACUGAAGUUCGCAGGGUAGCUAUAUGGGCAGGAGACAUCCAAAAAAUAGCUGUCGGUGCUGUGGGGAAGAGCAGUUGUGACCCUACCACACCUUACCUGCCCAACAGCUGGGUGAACCGCACCUUAAGGGAGACAGUGGCUGAAGCUCUUCUCAGUGACGGCUUUCUCAUUCCAAAGAUGGAUUGUCUGAAGAUGCUAAAUAUCAAGUAUGAAGCAAAUAAAGAGGUAUGGCAGUUCAAAAUUCCUCAGACAUUUUACUGCUUUUGGCAGCCUUUGCUGACAGGCCUCCUUUCCCGAAGUUUUACACAGAUCCUAAUAGAGAAAAUGUUUAUGGAGUUGAAGGAAUGUUCUGACUCUUCAGAACUUCGGCCUCAGUUCUUGAUCAACUGGAUUUCUGAGAUGCUGACUGGUAUUGCCAAAGUAAAUGCUGGGAAGAAAAGACAACACUCUAACAAACAGGUGUCCAUGAAGGAGCUCUUCCUCCAUAAAGUUCCUUUGCAGUGGAUAAGACUGACUGAGAAUUGCUUGGAAGCUCCCUGCUGGGCAACCCCACACCUUCUUCAGCUGAUCCUCACAAUCAUGAGACCUCGCUUGCCACGUUCUUCGCGGAAGAACCUUCUCUAUCUUGCUUCUGUUUACACGGAAGGAGGUGGCCCUUUGUCCAGUCCAGGCCUCUCUUCAGACUGCAGUGAACAGCCAAUUUACACUAUAGAGAGCUUACAGUGGAGGACCAGGCAAGAAAAUCAGGUUAAAAAUCAAGGGCAGACUGUAGAGAAACAAGAAGAUGUGCUGGAGAGAGAUGAUGGUGUGGAGGAUGAGGAAGAAGAGAUGGUAACUGAAACAAUCCCUUUGGAAGGACUUGCUCAUUCGGGUGACAUGGUGGCUAUUGCUGAGAAAAGGGCAGCACUGCAAGGCUCCGCCUGGCAGAUCACUACAGAUGAAGUACGAUGGAAAGACUUUCCUCUUGGGAAACUCCCAGGUCAGACAGAUGACCCUGAUGGUCUCAUGUUGGAUAAUUAUUCCAUGAUGUCCCUGCUUGAUCAGCCAGUGAGAGAGGAGUGGAAGUCUCCCAGUACAAA